GGCCCGCCCCGCACACUACCCCGGCGGCCCUGGCCUCAGGCCCAGCUCCCAGCCCUCGUGGUGGGCCUGGCCAGCAUCCCCCACCCUCUCCGCGCUCCUUCUGCCCCUCCCCCACUGCGGUCGCGCCCGACGCCUCCUCAGCGCCGCCGCCAUUCCCAGCGCCCGACGCCUCCUCAGCGCCGCCGCCUCAGCGCCGCCGCCGUUCCCAGCGCCCGCCACCCAGGCCGGGCUUCCACAAAACACCUGAGGACCGCAAAGACAGGGACGGGACGUCGGUGCUCGCGGUGCGUUCCUCCGCCUACUCCAGCUAAAACCACCCGGGAGAGGAGUCAGACGCGCCCUCACUAGUGCUGCAGGGCCGCCCGCGGUGUUGGCGGGAGGGCGCCAGCUCCAGGGCGCGGGCGCAGAGCUGCCGUCGAGUUUGCGCAGGCGCAGAGCUGCCCGCCCGCGGGCCCAGCGCGUGGAGGCUGGUCCCAGCGUUGCGUGGGCCUCGCGUGGGCCCGGCCUCGCCGCUGCGGUCGCCUGGCUGGCAUGGCCAACUGGGUGUUCUGUAAUCGCUGCUUCCAGCCGCCCCAGAGGACGUCGUGCUUCAGCCUCACCAACUGCGGGCACGUGUACUGCGAUGCCUGCCUCGGCAAAGGUAAAAAGAAUGAAUGCUUGAUUUGUAAAGCUCCUUGUCGUACAGUUUUACUUUCAAAACAUACUGACGCAGAUAUCCAGGCAUUCUUCAUGAGCAUAGGCAGUCUGUGUAAGAAGUACUCCAGGGAAACCUCCCAGGUUUCAGAAUUUCAAGAAAAACACAGGAAGAGAUUGUUAGCCUUCUAUAGAGAAAAGAUUUCUAGGUUGGAAGAAUCCCUUAGGAAGUCGGUGCUGCAGAUAGAACAGCUGCAAAGUAUGAGAUCAUCACAACAAACAACUUUCAGCACAAUGAAAAGUUCAGUUUCAACAAAGCCAUACGGAUGCCUGCUGCCACCUCACUCUUCAACCCCCGACAGACUGGAGUCAAUGGAAGUUGAUCUCUCUCCUUCUCCGAUUAGAAAAUCGGAGAUAGCAGCCGGCCCUGCGAGAAUCUCCGUGAUUAGUCCACCUCAGGAUGGACGCAUGGGCAGUGUCUCCUCCCGGGCCCCCGAGCAUCCCGGCCUGACACCGAGUCAGAGGAGCGUGGGAAAGCCUCUCAGGAUUCCACCUCUGCAAAUCCCCUACAAGGGACCACCGCUCACGCCAACACCACAGUUACCAGGGAGAGCAGGAAGAGGGGACUCUCCAGGCUUCGGGAGCUCCCAGGCCGGGCUGCCCCCCAGGCCGCCCAUCAGCAUCGCCAGCCUGCUGCAGAGGCAGUGUUCAGGCAGGUGCUCAGCAGCCCCAGAAGGAAAUGCUCUUGGGAAAGUGCAUGUGUAAAGAAGUCUUUAAGUGUGCGCCAAGGGCAGACGCGGAGCUCUAAACGUUCUCAAGAGUUGUGUUUCUGAGCUUUGCCUUAGUCGUUCAGAAACGCAGCAAGGUUCACUUUUAUAUUCAUUGUGAAUUUCCAAAAUUACGACUUAAAACAUGUUGAUAAUACUCUGAAAAUACUAAGAUGACAUCUGAAUUUUUAAAAGUACACAUUUUAGUGAAUAAACUCUUCUCCCCACCUUAUUUUUUGUAUGUAACAUGUGCACCCUCAUUUUCCUCAACAGUGUGAAGUUUUGAAGUCAUUUCAAAGACAAAGUUGAUGUGUUUUUAUUGCGACUCUGGAUGCUUCCUGCGGGACCUGCUCACCUUGGGGCAGUGACAUGUGAAAGAUGAACACCCAGCCACGCGCUCUGCCCCUUCCAGUCCUCCAGCCUUCUGCCUACUAGCAUGUGUAUGUUAGACAGCCAAUGCGACUACACUUUCUCACUUGAUGAAAUAAUUAAGUAAUGUAGUCAAAUAAAGUAUUUUUCUGAUUAUCA